AUGUUCAGGCAGAGUAUCCGGCGGUUUGGGACGACGGCCUGGCGGGCGGUCGAGGCUUCGACCCCGUACCACGUCAAGGUAUCUACGGCGCAGGGAACCGUCAAUGGGUUGACCGAGGCAAUUGGAAACACCCCGCUUAUCCGUCUGAAGCGGAUAUCCGAAGAGACCGGCUGCAAUGUGCUGGGCAAGGCCGAGUUCCAGAACCCCGGCGGCAGCGUCAAGGACCGCGCGGCCCUGUUUGUGGUCAAGGACGCGGAGGAAAGAGGCCUGCUGAAGCCCGGGGGCACCGUGGUAGAAGGCACGGCGGGCAAUACGGGCAUUGGGCUGGCGCACGUCUGCCGGUCGAAGGGGUACAAGCUGGUGAUCUACAUGCCCAACACACAAUCGCAGGGCAAGAUCGACCUCCUCCGUCUGUUGGGGGCCGAAGUGUACCCCGUGCCCGCUGUUGCGUUUGACAACCCGCAGAACUACAACCACCAGGCGCGGCGACACGCCGAAGCGCUGGACAAUGCAGUGUGGACCAACCAGUUCGACAACACGGCGAACCGACAGGCGCACAUCGACACCACGGGCCCGGAGAUCUGGGCGCAGACGGACGGCAAGGUGGAUGCGUUCACCUGCGCGACGGGAACGGGCGGCACCCUCGCGGGCAUUACCCGGUACCUCAAGGAGGCCAGCGGCGGGCGGGUCAAGAGCUUCCUGGCUGAUCCGCCGGGCAGCGUGCUGCACAGCUACAUCCAGAGCGGCGGGAAACUGAUCGACCGGUCCGGCAGCAGCAUCACCGAGGGCAUCGGACAGGGCCGGGUGACGGAUAACCUGCAACCGGACAUCGGCCUGCUCGACGGGUCGGUGCACAUCAGCGACGAGCGGUCGAUCGAGAUGGUCUACCGCUGCCUAGACGAAGAAGGGCUGUACCUGGGCGCCAGCUCGGCGCUCAACGUCGCCGCCGCCAAGGAGGUCGCCGAGAAGCUCGGCCGGGGCCACACUGUCGUCACCGUCCUGUGUGACGGUGCGUAUCGCUAUGCGGACCGUCUCUUCUCUGACAAGUGGCUGCAGAGCAAGAACCUGCGCGGUGCCAUUCCCAAGCAUCUAGAGAAGUAUAUUGUUCUACCAUGA